CAACAUGCCUGCUGUGGAUAAGCUGCUGUUGGAAGAGGCUUUGCAAGACAGCCCCCAGACUCGGUCCCUACUCAGCGUAUUUGAGGAAGAUGCAGGAACUCUUACAGACUAUACAAACCAGCUGCUCCAGACAAUGCAGCGCGUAUAUGGGGCUCAGAAUGAAAUGUGUUUGGCAACACAGCAGCUCUCCAGACAGCUCCUUGCAUAUGAAAAACAGAACUUUGCACUAGGUAAAGGUGACGAAGAAGUGAUAUCAACUCUUCAGUACUUUGCAUCUGCAAUAGAUGAGCUAAAUGUGCUCCAUACAGAACUUGCAAAGCACCUAGCAGACAACAUGGUGCUUCCUUUAAUCCAGUUCCGUGAAAAAGACCUCACAGAAGUAAGCACAUUAAAAGAUCUCUUCCUCAUUGCAAGCAAUGAGCAUGAUUUGUCAAUGGCAAAGUACAGCAGAUUGCCAAAAAGAAGAGAAAAUGAAAAGGUAAAAUCAGAAGUAGCAAAAGAAGUGGCGUCUUCAAGAAGAAAGCAGCACCUCUCCUCCCUUCAAUACUAUUGUGCCUUAAAUGCUCUUCAGUACAGGAAGAGAAUAGCAAUGCUAGAUCCAAUAUUAGGAUAUGCUGAAGGCCAGAUUUCUUUUUUGAAGAAAGGGUCUGAAUUGUUUUCUAAGAAAAUGGACGGAGUUCUUUCUUCUAUGUCGAGUAUGAAUCAGCGGAUACAAGGAGAAUUAGAUGCAGAAGCAGAAUCCAUGAGAAUUUCCCAACGUGAGCUGCUGUCAGUCAAUGAUUCUGUGUACGUUCCAGAUUAUGAUGUUGCCUCACCUAAUAUUAACAGAAACCUCAUCCAGAAGGCUGGUUAUCUGAACAUGCGAAGUAAAACAGGCCUUGUAACCACAUCAUGGGAAAGAUUGUAUUUCUUCACGCAAGGAGGGAACCUGAUGUGUCAGCACAGAGGGGAAGUGGCUGGAGGAUUAAUUCAGGACUUAGACAACUGUUCUGUCAUGGCUGUGGAUUGUGAAGACAGAAGAUACUGUUUUCAGAUCACUUCUCCUUCUGGCAAAUCGAAUAUUAUUCUGCAAGCAGAAGGGAAAAGAGAAUAUGAAGAGUGGAUUUCUGCUAUCAACAAUAUCUCCAGGCAGAUCUAUUUAACAGAUAAUCCUGAGGCAGUGGCCAUCAGGCUAAACCAGACCGCACUACAGGCAGUGACUCCUAUUACCAGUUUUGAGAAAAAGACUGAAACUGCUCAGUCCAGUGAGAGUAUUAAAGUGACGGCACCUCAACGUGAGAGCAGUGCCACAGAGGAACCACUGCAUGAAUUUGAGCCAGAACAGCUGAUUGCUCCCGGGACUCCUAUUCAGUUUGAUAUUGUUCUGCCUGCUAUGGAAUUCCAGGACCAAAACAGAAGCAGCAGACGCACCAAUCCUUUUGGAGAGUCUGAAAAUAAAGAUGGAUCGGCUGCUGAUGAAGGGCUACUGUUGCAGCAGUUGUUUGCCGUUCGCUUCUUGGGGUCAAUGGCUGUUAAAUCUGACUCUACUAACAAGGUCAUCUUUGAAGCCAUGAGACAAGUCUUGGCGGCCCGGGCUAUCCACAAUAUCUUUCGCAUGACAGAAUCUCACUUGAUGGUCAACAGCAAGAAUAUCAGAUUAAUAGAUCCCCAAACGCAAGUCACAAGGAUAAGUUUUGACAUUGACAACAUCACCCAGUUUGCUGCUCAUCAGGAGAACAGGCGAUUGGUUGGAUUUGUGUUUUCAACUCCUGAAGCUUCUGGAGAAGCAUCUCUCAGUGUUUAUGUUCUUGAGAGCAACACCGAGGGCGAAAAGAUCUGCAAUGCCAUUAACUUGGCAAAAGGAAUAGCUGCGGCACAGGAGGACCCAGAAGCACUGGCACUGCUCAGGUCCUCUGUUCCUUUAUCAAAUGAUGGAAAGUUUAUGCUCCUGAAUGAGCAGACAGAGGAGAAUGGCCUUAUCGAUGGUAAAGAGGAGCCGGAAUCAGAAGCCUAACACCUCAGUUUAAAACCUUAGCCUCUCUUCAUUCUCUCUGUUUUUAUACAGACUGUUGUGACAUUUGGUGGAAGCUGUACUAGUCAUUCAGUUGUUAAUGAAAGUGAUUAAUUUGCUAACAGUAGCUGUUUACCUUAUAGAGAUAUCAGCUAAGCUCACUAAGGAAGCAGAAAUGACCAGCCGGCAUGGAUUUAGCGAUAUCUCUGCACCACAAAUUGCACUUUUGAUUAAAAGGGAUGUCCGCCCAAAUCAUGCUUUUAUUUGUUUUGCAUAUUACAGAAAUUACAUUCCAAGCAACUUCCCAUUAGUUAUUCAAAUCUUUCAGCAAUUUGUAUUUUUUUUUUUUUUUUUGGUAAACGACUAAGCAUAGGAAAGCAGUUUUACUGUUCCCUCCUCUGCUUUUUUGACUUUUACCACUGUAUUAAAAAAACAGGGGAUUCUAUGGGCGGACACCCCCUUUAAAUUAUUUUUACUUUUCCCUUAUAGAAAUUUGUAGUAUAAGGAAUAAUUUAACCUUCUCUGUACACUACAUUUGCCUCUCCCCUUAUAAGUUUAAUUUGGAGGAAAGUUAAUGGUUUAUGUACUCUAUUACCUCGUAUUAAAGGUUUUUUUUAACUUG